UGUAACCUCUUCCCUUAAGAUCACCAGGCUCUGAUAACUGGAUUACACCCAGCUUGCAGGAUCAAAUUGCAAGUCUUUUGCUGUUCCCCCCACCUUGCCUGAGGGGGGAGAAGCUCUUCUGCAGAAUCUCAGAAAAAAUCAAAUUGCAUCUAAGACUAUUUUGCAAAAAAAAUUCCUCAGGAGCUGUGCUGGGUCUUGACUAUUGGUUAAAAAUAAGUCUUCAAAGCAACUUCAAGUGGACUCCAAGGGAAAAUAUGGUUCAAGCGUGGGAAAAAUUGUGUAUGUUAGCUCAAUCUCUAUAAUAAGUUAUUGCUGAUAGAAGAGAAAGAAAAAAACAAGAUUUCUCAAUUAGAAAAUUGCUAGAAUUAGAAGACAAGGACUUCAAGAACAAUCUAAUUUUACAUGAUAUUUUGGGGUCUAUUUUAAUGAUGGAACAAAGGUGGAUACUGGUAUUUCUACUUCUUUUGACUACUUUUAAGCCUUUCAUCAUGGCAGAACCUGAAGGGGGUCAGAAUUUUUCUGGAGAAACCACUCAGUUGGGCGUAACUCGAAAUAAGAUUAUGACAGCCCAGUAUGAAUGCUACCAAAAAAUCAUGCAAGAACCUAUUCACAGGACAGAAGGACCUUACUGCAACAGGACCUGGGAUGGCUGGCUGUGUUGGAACGAUGUUGCUGCAGGAACUGAAUCAAUGCAACACUGUCCUGACUAUUUUCAGGAUUUUGACCCUUCUGAAAAAGUUACCAAAAUAUGUGACCCAAAUGGAAACUGGUUUAAACACCCAGAGAGUAACAGGACCUGGACAAAUUAUACCCGAUGCAAUAUCCAUACCCAUUUGAAAGUAAAGACAGCAUUGAAUUUGUUUUAUCUUACCAUCAUUGGACAUGGCUUAUCUAUUGCAUCACUGCUGAUCUCUCUUGUAAUAUUCUUUUAUUUCAAGAGUUUGAGCUGCCAGAGGAUCACUCUGCAUAAAAAUCUGUUCUUCUCUUUUGUUUGUAACUCUGUUGUCACAAUCAUCUGGCUGACUGCUGUGGCCAACAACCAGGCAUUAGUUGCAACCAAUCCUGUGAGUUGCAAAAUCUCUCAAUUCAUUCAUCUUUACCUGUUGGGAUGCAAUUAUUUUUGGAUGCUUUGUGAAGGCAUUUAUCUCCACACACUCAUUGUAGUAGCUGUGUUUGCAGAAAAACAGCACUUGAUGUGGUAUUAUCUUCUUGGUUGGGGAUUCCCACUGAUACCUGCCUGUUUACAUGCUAUUGCAAGAAGUUUAUACUACAAUGACAAUUGCUGGAUCAGUUCUGAUACUCAUCUCCUAUACAUCAUCCAUGGUCCAAUUUGUGCAGCUUUAUUGGUGAACCUCUUCUUCCUGUUGAACAUUGUGCGAGUCCUUAUCACCAAGUUAAAAGUGACUCACCAAGCAGAGUCAAAUCUGUACAUGAAAGCAGUAAGAGCAACCCUCAUUCUUGUGCCCCUUCUUGGAAUUGAAUUUGUGUUAAUUCCUUGGAGGCCAGGAGGACUAAUUGCAGAAGAAAUAUAUGACUAUAUUAUGCACAUCCUCAUGCAUUAUCAGGGUCUUUUGGUCUCCACAAUUUUCUGCUUUUUUAAUGGUGAGGUUCAAGCAGUUUUGAGAAGACAUUGGAAUCAAUAUAGAAUCCAAUUUGGGAGCAGUUUUUCCAAUUCUGAUGCCCUUCGUACAGCUUCUUAUACUGUGUCCUCUAUCAGUGAUGUUCAUGGCUACACGAAUGACCUCGGUAGUGAACAGCUAAAUGGAAAAAGCUUCCAUGACAUGGAAAAUGUGGUUCUGAAAACAGAAAAUUUCUAUGCUUGAUUACAGAGGAAUUAUAAACUUGCACCCUUAUUACUGAAGGAAUUGUGUUCAUCACUUUAUGGCCAGAAGAUAUCUAACAUGGACUUGUUUCUCUAGAGUGCCACAAAGAUAGCCCAUAAGUAUAUUAACAUAUGUUGGUAAGAGUACACACACGCACAUUAAGCUUCAUUCUCCUUUUGGGGUCUGAGAGACUUUUCAUCAUGUAUGUAUCUUCUCUGACAUGGAGGACAAAAGAGCCUCUCUGGUGCAUCAGACUGAUGUAUUGGGGAAUUGCCUGAUGCCUUCCUACAACUGCACAGUGGUCAGAAGGCGAGCUAGCUACUCAUGCUGCCAAUAAUUCCAAUCCCUAGGAAAAUCACCAGCGCAGAACCACUAGGUUCACUUGCUGACUCACUCUGGCCCCACACUGGACCAUGUCCCCUUGAGAUGACAUUCAAUGCACAGGACUGACAAUGUGCAUAGGACGGGGCUGCAGAGAAUUUACUGUAGCAAGCAGAAUAUGUGACUUGAUUGUAGCCCAUUUUUCCUCCCUCUCAACAUAGAUUGAGGAAGUCAGGUCAAUAGGGAAUAUAUGUAAAUAGAAACUUUUCUUUUUGAGUUUCUACUGUGUAGACAAUCAUCAAUGAAUUCUAUUUGAUGAAAUUAUGAUGAAGGAUUUCUUAAUUUCUCUGGAGCCUGUAUAAAGCCCUUAUUGUGAAAGCCAUAUGAUAUUUUCAAGAUUCUAGCUUGUAAAUAAUUUUAAUGCAUUUUUUGUCUAUGAACUUAUAUGGUUUGAAGUAGGUUCAUUAAUAUUAUAGUAUUUGCAGUUUAAUUUCCAACACAAGAAAUGCCAUGCCUGAUUAUACUAAAAUAAAAGUCUGGGAUACCUGUAUUUUAGAAACACAUAGAUGCUGGCAUCAGAAACCUGAUAAGAAGGAAAAGAGAAAAAUCACAGUGCAAGACAAAAAUAUUUUUCACAAAGCAAAACUCAAACCAAGUGGAAAACCUUAGAAUGAUGUUGGCAUGUCUGGGGAGAAUAUUGACAUUUUCUUUCCUAAAUUAAGACUAAGCAAUGAAUUUCUAUGUAUUUUUAUUCAAAUUUGAUUACAAAUUGAAAGAAAUUCUAAAAAGUGAGGGGGAAAUGAACAAUUUCAAGUCUGUUAAAUGCUAUAUUGCUAAGAUAGUUUAUAUGUUUAUGAAUUUCAUAUUGAGGGACCACAUCAUUCUAGUGAAGUUGGUUAUAUGGGGGAAAAUAUGUAAAAUUUUAACAAGUAUUCCAUCUAAAGAAAUGAGUAAUACAAUCUUGUGUAUCUUUUGAAAUGCUUUAUUUUCUGAGCAAAUACAAUAUUUUGGAAAGAAUGUAAUUUGUAUAAAAAUAAAACAAAUUAAACAUGUAUGCAUUAUCAAGGAACUAGAGUUCACAAAAAACCUAUUAGAAUAUUUACAUGAAGUGAAAGACUUCCAUAGAAUGGAUACAACUACUAAGGAAUAAAACAUUGGUUUCACUAAAGAAAACUUCCAGGUCAACUUCAGAGAAACCAAAAUUCCUCAGAACACCUUACUUGUAAACUUAUAUUUGAACAAGAAUCAUUAUAAGUCAUUGAGAAGUAUGCAACAUUGUUGCAAAUAACAUAAAACUAAACAUUUGGCUUUUAUGGAGCUCACCAGUAUUCAUAAUUUCUUAGCCUUCAGUGGUUUCAGAAUUUAGAAGGAUUUCUGGUGUUAUUGUUGUUGUUAUUUUUAAAUGCUCUAAAAUUUUUUUCUGAUUACUGAGAAUGAAACCAGUUGGUUAAAUAAACUAGUUGGUAAAUAUAUGAAUUAUACAUUAGUCAGAUAUUUAACAUUGCUAAUACCAAGUUGUAUAGAAUUGACAGUCAGUAUCAGAUUAAUGAAGAUAGGCUAUUUCUGACCUUCCAACUGACUAAAGUGCAUUAAAAUGGUCUUCUGUUUUUGUUUAACUCAUUUUGUGUUCAAAGUCUUUUCUACAGAAGCAGAUCCAAAUGCUGGAAUUGCCAUGAUCAUUUAAAAAAUCUUUAUAUUUUAAUGUCAAAUCUAUUUAUAUGUACUACCUAGCUAUAAUGCCAUAACAGAACUUAAGAUGACCACAGAAAAUAUUCUAUUUUCAAAGAGUAUUAUAUUCUAAAUACAGCAUUAUGAGAGCAAUCUAUUAAUUAUUGAUCUUUUAUCAGUAUGCUUAGAUCAGAACCUCAUGCUGAUUUGCUAUAUGGCCAGUGUUUUUUUUUAAUUUUCUUAAAUCAUUUUCAUGUGUAAUCAAACAAAUUAAUUUAGUAUUUUUGUGUACUUAUUUUCUUCAAUUUUAUGUUUCUAAAUGUUAAUCUUUUUUGGUUUAGUUUUGGUAAUUAAGAAUUUUGUAUUUUUUUUUUCAUUUGGAAUGUGGAUGAUGAAAAGUAAAACUAGGUUAUUUUUAAAAUGUUAUUCCCCACCAGAAAAUCCCCCAAACAAGAUGUAUACAUAUGUAUGUAUAUGUAGAUAUACGAACAUAGCUAUAAUAUGGAUAUGGCAUUGCUAUUUUAACCCAAUGAUCACAUAAAAUUUUGCAAAAGAUAAUUCCCUCCCUCAAAA